AUGAACAACGACCACAUACACGCGCAGUACAAAGUUCAACUACUUCUGCACAUCAACAGCGUGCUUCUAGCACGAAUCAAUCAGAUGAAUGCCAAUCCGGCGCAGUUUUCAGUGGAACAACAACAAAACAUUACAGCCCAAUAUCUUAAGCGCGUUCACGCCAAUCUCCAGUGUAUUUCGCAGCUCAACCAAGGCGUUCAAAACACCAAACCGGCCCUGCUGGAUUCGCCACAGCUGCCGAUGCAGCAGAACUCACAAGAUAUCCUCGCCAAGCUCUACCUUUUGACCAAUCGUGUUUUUGAAGUAUGGUGA